AACUACCAUCAACUCCACUGGAUUAGUGCCAGUAGGUAGAGAAUUAAUAUAAUCUACAUUAUAAUGGUGCUUUGCCUAUUUCGAAUACAGAGCCGAUUCAUAUAUUAAGUCUAGUUCUGAUGGAGACGGUUUCAAUAAAAAAAACACAUGAAUUAUUCCUCUCUCUGGUUUCGAUUAUCCACCAUUAAGAUAAUAAAAGCUAAAAUCUAUGCAUUUCUUUGUAUAGCCUUUUGUUUAUUAGAAAAAUAAUACAGCAUUAGAUAUCGAACUAAAUCGAUAUGCUUCUUCGCCUUUUAUUUUAAUUCAUAAAGCAUAACUCAGAACUUACGAUUAAAAAUCUGAUAUAGUUUUAAUACAUUUCACAUAAAGAAUUGUCGCUUCUGACUUAUCUUGAUAACGUAUCAAUAAUCUUCAAAAUUUGUUUACUAAGAAAUUUCUUUUUCUACUAAUAUACUUCAAAAAAGUUCUUAAAAACUAAUUUUUUCAUUCUUAUUUGAAUUAGUAAAUCAGACAUUGUUUUCCGUUGAUGUAGAAAAUUAAAUUCGUAUCUUAAAAACGAAUAUAAUCCGAAUUAAAUUUUCUAGUGAGACAAGGCUUAUAAAUAACAUUUGUUUCGUAGUAGACGUCGUCACAAGUGAGAUUUUUUUUUCGCCUUGUUCAGAAAAUGACUUACAAAAUUCUUUGUUGCCCUAUGAUAGUCUCUUUUACACAGUAAAGAUUGUUUUUAUUGCAUCAUUAUCAAAGUAAACAAUAUAAUAAAAUCUUUUAUUUAAAAAAAUAAAAAUGAACAAGAAUUUUCUCAGAGGAUCAAUUGAUUUCGCAUUGGCGAAUCAAUGGACCGAUCAUCUGUUUUGUCUUUCUUUCAUUCAUUUGAACAAAAAUAAACAGCAAAGAAUAUUAUCCUUCUUCUACCUAUAUGUUAUUUUUUUUGUUUGAAUUAUACAAUAAAUUCUUCGAAUGUUUAUGAAAACAUAUUUUCAAAAAUUUCGAAUACAUCGAAACAAAAAGUAUAUCUUAAUAAAUAUUAUGUUUAGAACAGAAUUUCACCGUAAAAUUUUGCUCAGAGUUAAAAAAUCACUAGAUCCGUCUAUAGAUAAUGACUUAAGAUUAUUAAAUAGUGGUAUGAUCUAACUGUUAUUUUAAGAUAAAUUACAUAACAAAUGAAUAAAUCAACAAACAUUGAAUUUAUUUCAUAAUGUGACUUUUAUUAUAUAUACUUGUUUUUUUCGUUUUAUUUUAGAUUUUUAUCAUGAGUAAUACUGAUUCAUUUGCCAUUGGUAAGUAAUUAAUACACAUCAGAUAAAUUCAGAGUUGCAACCGCACUAGUUGGACCAACUGAUUUUUACGAAUUUGAAAAAAUUGUCUAAUCAUGACGAUCCUCUUCCUAAUAAAACGUCUUUAAAGCAGGUUUCAGUGUUUUUAUUAGAAUAAACAGCAAUGUUGUUUCAUAAUAUCGAAUUUCCUUAUACAUGAACUAGACCUCUUCAAUUAAUACACUGACGUUUUAUCAGAGAUCAGAGUUAAGUUAGAUUUUUAUAUUCAUAGUAAAAAACCAAUCUGUUCUGAUGUAGAAUACGAGCCGAAAAAAUUAUUAAUUAAAAUUUUCGGGUCAGCUUUCACGAAUAUGACUUAAAAUUUGAUAUUUAUGAACUUCUUUUUUUUUUCAGUACAUUUUCCUCAAAACCCAAAGAUAACAGCUGAAGAUAUGCUUGAUAUUGAAUUUAAUGCAACAACAACAAGUAUAAAAACAGCUGAUUUAACGUAUGAAGGACAUGCAACAAAAUCAUCUGAUUUGUGUGGUAUUCUUGGUUUUGUUGAUGAUCAAGGUCAUAUACAUCUUUCAUCAAAUUUUGAUUUAUUUACAAUGCGUCCAAAAUUAACUGAUUUUAAUAUAACAUUAGAACAAAAUUUAAAUAAUGAAGAUAAUAAACUUAGUAGAACUGAUCUUGAUGAAAAAUUUGGAACAGAAAAAAAACGUCGUUCUGUACAUUCAAAAAAACGUAAUACAAUAGAAGUCAAUGUUCUUGAAACAGCUGUAUCAGCUGCACGUGAACAAGUACUUCAUACAAAUACUGAACAAUUAGAUGAAACUAUAAUUAAUAAUAACAUAAGUUCAUUCAAUGAUGAUGAACAAAUCGCAAUACCAAAACCAAAUUAUGAUGCACAAAAACCAGAAGAUGUUUUUGUUUUUGACGAUAGUUUGUAUCGAAAAUAUUACUUUUAG